AGCAACCGACUUAAAUCAUGAAGCAUAUUGAUAUCGGCCUGGCUGUUUGGCGCGAUAAAGACUGCUGACAGGCGAUUGAAGCACAAGAAGCCGCGCUGCAACACAAUGGGAGUCCACGGUCUCUGGGAACUCCUCGCCCCCGUCGGUCGCCGCGUCUCCGUCGAAACCCUUGCCGGAAAAACCCUAGCCGUUGAUGCGAGCAUAUGGAUGGUACAGUUUGUCAAAGCGAUGCGCGACGAGAAGGGCGAAAUGGUUCGCAACGCCCAUUUGCUGGGCUUCUUCCGUCGCAUUUGCAAACUUCUUUUCCUCCGCACCAAGCCGGUCUUCGUCUUCGACGGCGGGACCCCUGCCCUCAAGCGCCGCACUGUCAUUGCACGCCGCCGCCAGCGUGAAAACGCCCAAGCCAAAGUCCGCAAAACCGCCGAGAAAUUGCUGCUCAAUCAUUUAAAGGCAUUAAGGUUGAAGGAACUGGCUGAUGAUCUUAAGAACCAAAGGAUGAAGAAGAAUAGUGAUACUAAGGGUCAGAAAAAAUCUAAUCAGAAGGACUUUGUUGGAAGUGAUUUAGGAGGAAGUCAUGUGAAAGAGCUAGAUGAAAUGUCUGUGGCUAAAUAUGCAGCUAAGGAGGACGGAAAUUCUUCGCAGGCAACAAUAUUGACUACUUACAACCAGGAGGAACUUCAUGAAAUGUUGGCAGCGUCUAUAGCUGCAGAGAAAAAUGGCAUACAUGCCAGAAAAGGAAUGCCGUCUAUUGUAAUUAAUCCUUUAGAGGAGGAACGUGAUGCAGACGAACAAAUUAUAUUGCCAUCAGUAAAUGCAGAAGUUGAUAUGGCUGUAUUAGCUGCCUUACCACAAUCAAUGCAACUUGAUAUUCUUGCACAGCUUAAAGGAAAGAAAACCGAAGGACUAGUAAAGGAAGUUGACAAUCAGAAUCAACAUGAUGUCAAUUAUCGGGGCAAGGGUAAGGGGAUUCUGCUCAUUGAAGCUGACAUGGUAGGUUGUAGCUCCAGACAUGACAAUGUUACAUCAAGGAGUGACAAUCAACACUCAAUUGAUGAAAUGUUAGCUGCAUCUAUUGCUAUGGAGGAAAAUGAAGAGUUAGUAAAUAAUACAUCAACUUCUGUUGGGGCUUCCGCUAUUGAGGAAGAGGAAGUUGACUAUGAUGAAGAUGAAGAAAUGAUACUGCCAGCUAUGCAUGGUAAAAUUGAUCCUGCUGUUCUAGCCUCAUUGCCUCCAUCAAUGCAACUGGACCUUCUUGUUCAGAUGAGAGAGCGUUUGAUUGCAGAGAACAGACAAAAGUAUCAGAAAGUCAAAAAGGAUCCAGCAAAAUUCUCUGAGCUACAGAUACAAGCUUACCUUAAAACUGUCGCUUUCAGACGGGACAUAGAUGAAGUGCAGAAAGCUGCAGCUGUAGGAGGAGUAGGUGGUGUACAGACUUCACGGAUUGCAUCUGAAGCCAACAGAGAAUAUAUUUUCUCGUCUUCUUUUACUGGUGAUAAACAAGAACUUACCUCCACCAGCUUAGAGAAAAAUAAAGAUACACAACAGAAGGUCCAGGGAGUACAUCCUUCACAGAACCUUACAGAUAGCAUUGUGGCAGGAAAUGAUUCUAAUACUUCAAGCGGAUUGGUUCACAAUGAACCUGGUGAGCCUGCUGAUGAAAGUAUUCAGACAUAUCUUGAUGAGAGGGGUCGGUUUCGAGUUAGUAGAUUGAGAGCUAUGGGGAUGCGUAUGACCUGUGAUAUACAACGGAAUUUGGAUUUGUUGAAGGAGAUUGAGCAGGAAAGAGCAUAUGUGAACAAGGCUGCGAAUAUUGGAACAGUGGAAAAUGCUGAGAAUAAUGGUCCAUAUGAAAGUUCUGGGAUCCAGCUUGUUGGUAAAUCACAAGAGAUGAAUGUUGACUUAGUUGGACAGAAUAUGCAAAAUGAACAAACAAUGCUUGACAGAGAUACAUUGAUAGAGAUAUCUUUUGAAUAUGAUUGCAAGAAUAAGUUCGCAAAUGAUGAGGAUGAUAUAUUUUCUAGUUUAGUAGGAGGAAAUCCAGUGGCAAUCUUUGGUGCUGAUGAUACUGCAGCAACCGAACAACCUUCUCAUUCUGAUUCAGAUUGUGAUUGGGAAGAAGGAAUUCUCGAAGGUAAGAGUAAUGCUUAUCCUGAACAUGACGUGGUAGAAUUGAAGUCUUCUGUUGCAGAUGAUCAUAAAAAUAAUGAAAGAGAAGUAGAAUGGGAGGAAGGAGAUUGUGAUGGUGCUAACAGCACCUUACUGUCAGGAAAAUUGGCAUCUCAAGGGUGGUUGGAGGAGGAGUCUGAUUUGCAAGAGGCAAUAAGGAGAAGUCUUGAAAGUAUAGGGGAUAUGAAACUUAAAUGCAUGCCAGCUGUAGAUGAGCAUUCAAAUACUUAUGAGAACAAAUUGGAUUGUGGUUUAGAACAUGGUGAUGAUCUGUAUUAUUCUGACCCUGUGGAUUUAAAUGACAACGUUGGGUUUCUGAAUAAUAAAAAUAGGGAAGACAGUACUGAAAAAAAUGAAUUACAUGAAAUUGAAGAUGGAGAUAAAAAGCAUGAUUUUGUUUCUGGCAAUAAUGAACAAACUUUCCAUUUUCAUGGAAGUCAGUCAAAGUCAUCUGUGACUUUUAAUUCCAAUAACACUGAGAUAUUGAUCGACACACCUUGCAGAAUGGACAGUCACUCUUGUUUUGUAGAUUCAAUUUCAGAUACAAAUGUAAUGACGAAGGACCUAGUCCCUAUGGUUGCUGAGCAAUUAUUGGAUAAACAUGAUGAUGGUAAAGUGUCUUUCUAUUGUGACAAUACAUCCAAGGUUGAUCCAGUUGGUGCAACUGAAGAGGGGAAAAAAAACUAUAUUCAAGAAUCUGAACCAUUGAGUAAUUCUACUGACACUACCAAACCUGCUAUUUUGGUAGAGUCAUCCUUGAAAGGAUCAACAGAAGACCUUGAUAUUGAGCCAAAAUUGCCUUCAGAGGACAGUAAUAGAAAUUUCUACGAGGAAAGGAAUAGUAGCCUUGGCAAUGAUGUGGUUAACACCCCGGGACAUUUUCCUGCUCAUGCAGCUGAGGUUAGCUUGGAGGAAGAAAUGCAAAUUCUUGGUCAAGAAUAUAUCAACCUAGAAAAUGAGCAGAGGAAGCUAGAGCGGAAUGCAGAAUCUGUAAACAGUGAAUUAUUCACUGAAUGUCAGGAACUACUGCAAAUGUUUGGCUUGCCAUAUAUUAUUGCUCCAAUGGAAGCAGAAGCUCAAUGUGCUUAUUUGGAACUUGAGAAACUAGUUGAUGGUGUUGUGACUGAUGACUCUGAUGUCCUUUUAUUUGGGGCACGCAGUGUUUACAAAAAUAUAUUUGAUGACCGCAAAUAUGUAGAGACAUACUUCAUGGAGGAUAUUGAAAAGGAGCUUGGAUUGACCAGAGAAAAAUUAAUACGCAUGGCUCUACUUCUUGGGAGUGAUUAUACUGAAGGUGUAAGUGGGAUUGGCAUUGUUAAUGCUAUUGAGGUUGUGAAUGCAUUCCCUGAGGAAGAUGGCCUCCUGAAAUUCCGGCAAUGGGUUGAGUCACCGGAUCCCACCAUCCUUGGAAGGUUGGAUGCAAAUAGUGGUUCAAAUUCCAGAAAGAAAGGGUCAAAAAUUGAAGAAAAGAUGAAUUCCUCAAGUUGCAAUGUUAAAGAGUCUGCGGUGAUGCAAAACAUCUGCCAUGCUCAGGAGCAAAAUGAGUUGUCAGAUUACAUCCAAGAAAUAAAACAAACUUUCUUCAAUAAGCAUAGAAAUGUUAGCAAGAAUUGGCACAUUCCUUCUUCUUUUCCAAGUGAUACUGUUAUAUCUGCUUACUAUUCUCCCCAUGUUGAUAAAUCCACUGAGCCAUUCACAUGGGGAAAGCCAGAUCAUCUUGUUCUUCGAAAAUUGUGCUGGGAGAAAUUUGGGUGGACUGGCCAGAAAGCAGAUGAAUUGAUCCUACCAGUCUUAAAGGAGUAUAACAAGCGUGAGACUCAAUUGCGGUUGGAAGCAUUUUACAAUUUUAAUGAAAGAUUUGCAAAAAUUCGUAGUAAAAGAAUUAAGAAAGCGGUAAAAGGAAUCACUGGUAAGCAGCCUUCAGAUUUGAUAGAUGAUUCUGCAGAAGAGUUCUCCAAGAGUAGGAAGACUGGGAGAGAACCUGAGGAUAUCACAUUGGAGACUUCAAGGGGAAUAGAGGGAAAUCUUGAGGGUAGAAGGAAAUCAAAAAUAAAACAGUCAAGGAAGAAUGAUACUGUUGCUAAGGAACAGUCAAAGAAAAAGAAAGUCAAUGAUGAUCCCUCUUCAGCACCUGGUACAUCUGAGAUUGAGAAUUUACAGCCAAGUCUGCAGAUAGAAGAAGAGCAACAUGAUGGUAAGGCAUUGAUUCGGAAUAGAAGUGGCAGAGGAAGAGGUAGAAUUAUGGGAAUAAAAAGAGGAAGGGAUAACAAAGGUCUCAGUUUUCAAUCUUGCGAAACUGAAGCCUCAUCUGGUAGCAGUGACAUUGAUGAUCAUGGGCCAAGAGUGCAUGUGGAUAGAGUUCCAAAAGAUGUGCGAAGGUCAAUGCGAUCUCGGAAACCUGUCAACUAUUCUUUCAAAGAGCCUGAAGAUGAAGAUUCUGAUGAUUCAUUUGAUCGGAGAAAUCAGACUGGUCCAAUAGAAGAAAAUUUAUCUCAUAUUCUUGGUGCUUGUGAAGAUGGUGCAACAGAUUUCAGCAUGGCGAAAGAAUGCAGUGCAAUGAAUUUUCCUCCAGAGGAGAACUUGCCUACAGACUCCCUUGAGUCAGGUGGUUGGUUUUGCACAGAUGCCGGUGAAACUUGUCAUCCUGGUACUGGCAAUCAGGACUCUUCUGAUGACUACCUUAAAAUGGGAGGUGGAUUCUGUUUAGAUGAUGGUGAUACAGGUGUCAAGCAGGAUACAAGUGACAAUGUCGAUACUGCUACAGUCGAUUAUAAUGCAGACUUUCCACACGGUUCUGAUUAUUUGGAUGAAACUAAUCGUGAUAAAAGUAGUUCAGAUAUAUUAUUUUCUGGCGCUGAAAAGCCUGAAAAUGGGAUACAAGGUGGAGGGCCAUUCAAUAUAGAGCCAAAUGACCUUGCAAGUGCUAGUAGUUAUGAUCAUUCUGAUAUAGCGGUCUUGAAACAGGAGAAUACUCGCAACAAUAGUGGAGCCUCCACUGGAGCAUUUAGUGCCAUGCCGUUUUUGAAGAGAAGAAGGAAAAACUGAAACUUUUCUAACUUUGGAUGUCAGGCUUGUGCACAUAUUUGUCAAUCCUCCAAAUUGUUUAUAUUUUAGUCAUGUAUUUUCUUGUUCCAUUUGAAUCGAUUUUUUGGAGAAACGUUGAUGACUCUUAUUCCACAUAUAUGUUUAUUAAUGAUGACUCUGAUGACAAUCAAAUAUUAACACCAUAAACUAUCAAUAACAUUAGACAGUGGUGGAAAA